UGCUGACUGAGGGCCUGUCAGGCUGUGCCACGUUGGCUUAAAAGUGCCUUUAUAAAGAGGAGGAAGAAAAGGUCGAUUUGUUCUUCAGAUGGUGACACUCGUGCUUUGCUGUCUCUGUUGGGCUUGUUAUGGCGGGCUUGAAUGUUUCCAUUGCCUUCUUUCUCUCAGUUGUGGCUAUUUGUGAGGUGAUCAGGCAGGUUUCCAAGAGACUUCUGCCUCUUGGAGUGUACCUUGGUCUUGUCAGAGAACUGGUCAGCUCAUUACAGUUGUGUGCUUGCUGCCUUGAGCUGAGGAUGCUGAUGGAGAUUGGUCCCUGGGGUGGUGGCUUUGGCCCAGAUGUGAUUCUGACCCUCCUCUUCAUUACCUACUUGAUUCAUGGUGUGUCUUUUGAUGGAGCUUCUGCUAACCCCACAAUCUCUCUCCAAGAAUUCCUGGUCAUGGAUUCCUCCUUUGUGGCUACUGCUGUCAAACUUCUGGUCCAGUUUGUGGGAAUGGAGGCAGCUGGGAUUCUCACCACACACUACUGGUCCUGGGAGCUGACUGACUUCCACCUCAUCCAGAAUCUAAUGGCCCUGGAUUGCAGUUCUUCUAUCCAUACCUCUUUGUACCAUGGCAUCUUUGUGGAAGGCGUCUGUUCUUUCUUUUUCCAUUUGGUGGCUCUCAAGUUUCAGCACAGCCACCCUCUGUACAGAGCGUCUGUCCUGGCAGUGAUUGUGACCACCCUGGCUUACAUAGCUGGGCCUUUCACAGGGGCCUUUUUCAACCCCACUCUGGCCUCCAUCGUUACUUUUGACUGUUCUGGGAACAUCCUGCAAGAGUACGUCCAGGUUUACUGGCUGGGACCUCUCACAGGGAUGCUUGCAGCCCUGCUCUUGUACCAGGGAAACAUCCCAAGGCUCUUCCAGAAAAACCUGCUUUACAGUCCUAAGAGUAAAUACCGGACCCCCAAGGGGAAGGCUGUGCCUGGACUCAGACAGGAGGCAAUGGGGAAGGGCAGCUGCAGCUGCGAACUAAGCCCUGGAGCUGAGUGAAGGGCAUGAGAGGGUCCCUCAGCCAGUGCCCAUCUCUCCUUCCCAUCAGGCCCCUCCCAUGGCCAGACUGACAGGAGCCGGGCCUGAAGACACCUGGCCAGCUCUGUAAUGUGUGGGCAAGUGUUCACUGGGGGCACCAUGGGCUUUUCAUAUCACUGUGUAAGUGUACCAGCUGCUUUGGCCACAUGCGAACAAUCCCUCCAUUCUGGCCCAUGGACACCUGGCUGUGAAAGCCCCCAAGAAUGUCUCCAGCUAGUGCACACCUGACCAGCAGCAGAGUGGUGCGAUCACAAGCUCCAAUACUGCACCAAAGCACGACCUAAAGGGCACAUGCCUUCCACCCAGCACACAUCCCUCCUUCCUGAUCUUCCCCAGCCCAUCUCCCUUGGGGGCAGGACAGGAAAUCAGCACCACCAUUCUGCUCCCUCAGUACAGCCAGGCAUCCACCCACCUUGCUCCCCACGGAAAGGGGUGGUGCUGUUGCAGGGUCCCAGGGCUGUGCUCACAUGUGACUGUCCACUCUCUGGCUUGGCUCACUGCCAUUGAAUACAAAUGUUACCUCCAGAUAGUGGAGCAAGUCCCCCUAGACAUCUGUCUCUAGUGGUACAUUAAGUUCUUCUCCUGGAACAUCCAUACGCUGUCAUUUUAAAAAUAGAAAAGCAAAGCAGUGACUGCUCAUUGAAACAGCCCAUUCCAAAGUGUCCUGCAGCUCUUCACUGCUGGCCCCUCUGGCCAAGAGGGGCUUGAGUGUCGGAAAGUUUGAGACCCUAAGUUUUUCCUGCUUCACUCCAGCCUCAACAGUGAAUCCAGCCCCCAGACUCAGCCCAGCCAUGCAGAGGCUGUCCGUUUCCUCUUUGCCAACAGCAAUACAAGCUGAGUUGGGAAAGCUGGCUAUAAUUGCUGCCCCUAGCUAACAGGUUGUAUACUAGGGAGGAAAUUUGCCCCAGAAGAGACUAUUCUGGCAUGAUCUGAGCAGUGCUCAAAAGGCUCCGUCCUGCCAGAUGCUGAGCACUCUGGCUUUGAUACAGCCAAGCACUUAAGUAGAGUGAAGUGAAAAUCAGAAUUUGUUGUAUGAGAAAUUCUGUUAUUUUCAUCCCCAAUUGGGACAAAAAGUCAAUAUCAAAAUUCAUCAUGGAAUGAAAAGUUCCCCAAAAUUUCAAUCUGAAAAUGUUGAAACAUUUUAUUUUGACAUUGAUUGAAACAAAAUGUUUGUGACUAUCUUGAGUCAAAAUGCUUCAUUUGCAUCAGUUCAGUAUUAAACUACAUUUGCCAGUGGUACUGUGGUGCCUCAUGGGAGUUGUAGUCCAGGUGCCUCUUGCUGCCAUUCACCAAGGCCAGGCUCCUGGGCCUGACUAUAUUUCCCAUGAUGCUCUACAGUCAUGUAAUGUCCAUGUAGCCCAGUGUGUGAUGUUUCACUCCAUAUUCUUUAUGAAAAUAUGCUGA